AUGCCUCCCGCAACGACUCCCACGCCCUCAGGUGCUACCGGGACACUGCUGUCGACAGGUAGUGCAAGCACUUCGAUGGGCUCGACCCAGGAGCCCUCGGCCAGUUCUGGCACUUCCACAGGCCUCAAGCGCCCACCAACCGCAGGCAGCAUCAGCACCGGAACUCCCCCUACCAGAAACACGUCCGACACGCCCGACACGACCGACCCUCACCCCUUUCCACUGCCCAUCCACGCCUGCACCCAAGUCGCUGCAACUGCUGCUGCUGCUGCUGCACCAUCCACCAUCAAUACCGACACCACGGAGCCUGCAUCCUUGGACCACGGCCAUUUAUCACCGCGGGCGCUUGAAAAACAACCUGUCAGAGAUGCAGAUGGACUGACCGCAGAGAUUCAUCAUUCCCAUGCUCCAUUUUCAGACCCGCGAUCUUUGACCUCAUCCUCCACCCAGCCUGCACCUCCUGCCGACUACCUCCUAUACCAACAGAAGCCGCUUCCCCUUCCGCCUGCACCUUCACAAGCUCCUAGUCCAUACAGAAGAUCCUUCCUCGAAGUAUUACUGCCGCGACAAGGCCAAAAAAGAACCAUUCCGGCCGACGAGCGCUCUGCCACUUCUCGUGUCCUCAAUCCCAUCAACUACGUCCCUCGUCCUACUCCAGUGCGAGUCCAGCCUCAACGACCCCAGCUUUCCACCGACGUGGGUGCCGGUGUUCGCGGCACCGGCGACGUCCACACUCUCCUCAGCCUUCCCGAACAACGUCGCUCACGUCAACACUCUCCCACAGACCCCAUCGUCGAGCACAGUCCUCAUCUGACUCCAACCGGCGACAGAACUAGUAUCGGUCUGCCUUCUAAUCAACAGCGUGGUAGCACUUUCUUUCCCGACCCUCCUUCACAAGGUACCGCCGGACUGAUGGUGGACCUGGAAAAACAAGAUCCCAGUGGCCUCAAACCGCCUGAACGGGCACACACCGUACCUGUUUCCAAAUUCAAUGGAGACAAUGGGACUGCGACGCAGCAAGCACCCUCUGUGUUGGGACAGAGCUAUGGUGUCAAUCCUCUCGACCAGCCCUUACAGCCUCCACGGCGCAUCACCUCCCACAAGUCAUUGAAACGAGCACAAUCCGCUGCCUCAAUACACUCAUCUGCAUUUGGCGGGAGAGCCUACACAGAUAGCGGCCAUCCUCCAAAUACGGCAUCUCUAGAAGAUGUUGAAAGAGGUAUACCGAACGGAGAUGAAGACAGCGACGUGGCCGAGGAGCUCGCUUGGGGUCCUUCCCACCCUUGUUUCCCGCAUCUCAAUCCACACGUUCCAGUUCACUCACCCGAGUACACCGCCACACGCAUAAUCCGUAUCCGUCGCGACUGGAUGGUGGUGGGCGACCUCGCUCCUACAUUCUCGAAUAUAUAUCCCGAAAUCCUCGACCCUCUAAUGCAAGAACAAGAAUUCCGAUAUGUAAUAGAACACAUCAAUCAAACUCUCUGUCAAGCGUACGACCCUCUCUCUGCAUGGAACUGGUUUGACGGCAUCAUGGGUGUAUUAACAGGGUGGCUCUGGGAAGAUUUUCGACCCUGGGGAAUAAAAGGCGCUUUGAAGGGGUUGGAAGAGUGGUUGGAGGAUUGGAAUCACACUGUCGGCGCGCGAGAUGGUGUGAAGAUUAUCCCGCUGAGGAGGACCGGGUACAUGAAUCUAGACAUCCAGAUUCCCGAUCCCCAGGUGAGAGUCGUCGCGGAGGAUGGGGAAAGUCAAGGUCCUCGACCCGAUACACAGGGGACUGGGCCUGCGAUUGUACCGGCGCAGAGCGCAAAUAUUGGUGCAACGAGCAAGACCCAUUGA